AGCAUAUCGAAAGAUCAUCCUUAAUAGAAUCAGAUAUACCGGAACCCGAAAAAUCAGAUAAAGGAACGUCAUUGAUAGUCCCUAAAAAAAGAGAAAUUUCUCAAGAAGAUUUAACUACAAAUAGUGAAAAAGAGAAGAAAAUUAAAGC